GGCUUCCUGGACAUCGACGUGGAGAUCACAGGGCCUGAUAAUAAAGGAAUUUAUAAAGGAGAUCGUGAGUCCAGUGGAAAAUACACCUUUGCUGCUCACAUGGAUGGAACUUACAAGUUUUGCUUUAGCAACAGAAUGUCCACCAUGACUCCUAAGAUAGUGAUGUUCACUAUUGAUAUUGGAGAAGCUCCAAAAGGGCAAGAUAUGGAGACAGAAGCUCAUCAGAACAAGCUAGAAGAGAUGAUUAAUGAGUUAGCAGUGGCCAUGACAGCUGUCAAGCAUGAACAAGAGUACAUGGAAGUUCGUGAGAGAAUACACAGAGCAAUUAACGACAACACAAAUAGCAGAGUGGUCCUCUGGUCAUUCUUUGAAGCCCUUGUACUAGUUGCCAUGACACUGGGACAAAUCUACUACCUGAAGAGAUUUUUUGAAGUCCGAAGAGUUGUUUAAGCGAACUCUUCCUGAUGAUCCCAAAUGCUCACUUACUGUCUACCAAACAUCUUGGUCACAAAACAAUAUCAUUUAGUUUUUAAACCCUGAUUUCCGAACUAUAGAACUUAUUUGCUUAAGUUCUUAGUUGAAAUGAAAUGUUUUUAUAUAUCUUGUGUAUCAAAAGCUGUGUUAAAAAUCUUGUCACUUAAUUGGCAUAACUUUUUCACUUGAAAUCUGCCUAGCCUUUAUGCUAAGAGAGGUGGAAACAGACUGCAAAUGUAGUAAUAAAGCAAUGUUACUGCCUUUUUCUAACUUUUUCUGUUUUCUUAAUUGCAAUUCUGUCUAGGGAAACAGUAAAAGGUCCUUAAGUGACUAUUUGCAUUCUUCACAUCUUUAAUCCUGCAGUAGACCUUUAUGGAAUUAAAAUCUUCCCUUUGCUUUCAUGUACUGCCCAUAAGGAGCAAAUGCAGCAGAACUUCAUUCUGAUAUGACUAAUAAUGAAUAGAAGACAGCUGACAUUUCCAGUAUAUUAUGCAUAUGAGACCACAAAAACCUUACAGUAAUGAUCUUAAUUACAUUGAUUUGUUCCCUAAAUUCUUUUUAAUUAAAACAUUAAUGUUAAAAUACAUGCUUUCCUUAUUACCAGACAAUUAUAUGAUUUUUCGUUUAGCAGAUUUAUAAUUAUCAGUCAGUUGUGUGCAGUGUUUUGGCAAGCUAGUCAUUAAGCCCUUUGGUGCUUGCAGGUCCAAAGUUCAUGCUGUUGACACUAUUGCAGAAUGCACCAGUGUUCAAAAAAUCUGGAUGUCUGAUGCCAAAGGGUUAAUGGUUUGGGGAGGGGAUGGCAAUUCUAUGCAGUCCUUAUUUUAGUUUGUGGCACUUUCUGCCAUUUUCUGGUCCUAAUUAGCAUAAUGCUAAGUAUUGAUGCGUUUUUUUCUGUAUUUCAGGCACAUGUGGAUUUCAGUUUUUGUAUGAACAAUUACUUUCCUUUCUUGGUAUCUGUUGCUGGGUUGGAAAAAUGUAAAGACUUGUCUAUGAUGUGGGUGCUGAUCCAGGAUUAUGUUGACUGAUGUAUAUUGUUACUUGUAGACCUUCCCCCCUCAAAAAUAAAAGAUCACAACAG